AUGGACCAAGGGCCUGACACCAAGCGACCGCGUCUCUCGACUGGCCCGGCAUGGUCAGCCGGCGGUGCGCAUAACGGCGUGUCAUUGCUCCAUCCCAAUCCGUCUCCGACAUCAGCUCAUCUCCCGCCACCGUCGUCGACACAGUAUCUUCCACAGCCAUCGCCGCUUUCCUUUGCGCGCCCCUCUGACUCUCACGCGCCCCCCCCUCCGCCGCCGCCCCAUCCAGCGUCGACAGCUCCAGGGCCGACGUCUCUCGACGACCGACGGCAACAUGAGUCCGACAGGUAUCAUCCUAUGCAAGAUCACAGACAGCCCCCUCCGCAGUCCCCAGCUCAUCCGCCGUACUCGUCAUAUCCUCCACGAGAUCCGAUAAUCAAGGCCGAUCCCGCUGAUGACACUCUCCCACAACUGCGAAGACCUCUUCCGUCCGGCCCGAGUGUCCAGGACAAUAUGACCCACUAUGAUAGCGGGCCACAGCCCCCUCCUCCCCCUCCGCCGUCUCAUCUGUAUCGACAGCCGAGUUAUCCUCCCCAAACACCGCUGCCACAUCCCCAACCCUAUGACUACCCUCCCCAGUAUGCGUCGCAUGCCGAGAUUCCCUUCCAAGUCGCCCCGGCGACCGGAAAGCGCAAGGCCCAGCGCGCGUCCCAGGCUUGCGAUCUGUGCCGACAGCUCAAGGCCAAGUGCGAUGAGUUGAAGCCUUGUAAGAAUUGCAAGGACAAGAAGGCCGAGUGCAAGUACCGCGAAGCCGUUCCGAAACAGCAAGACAAGAUUGCUGCUGAUAUCUUGGAAAUGCUCACGGCGUUGCGGGAUGAAUUCGAGGACUUCAGGCAUCGUAUCACCAGUAUGGAGCGGGCAAUGAAGCGUAUCGCCCCGAACACUCUAGAGGCUGCUUCGGAGCCGAUCAAGGAGGAAUUGGAACGCCCCGACUCAGCUAGCUCGGCGCCGGUUGGCGUUGAGGAUGGCGAGUCGUCCUCCCUUGGAGAGGCUGCGUCGACGCAGGCGCCCAUCGGCAGCCUGGAAGCGCGAACGAUCACGCGUAACAUGGAGGAAGAAAAAGAAGUUGAUCCCGGUCCGUUGGUGCCGCCCGGCGUGCCGUCCAUCCCACCCAAUCACACGACACUCGCCGCAUUCCUGCUUCAGUGGCCUGCAAUUCAGGCGCUUGUCGGAGACAUCUUGGACGAGGAGAAUGUGAAGUACAUCAACGAGUUCCCCAUUCGCCAGGAGGAGAGGAGAGGUCUUCUGCGAAUCUGGGGUCGCGGCGAGGGUUUCGAUAACACCAAGAACACGGAACGUUCCGACCGCGAGGCCUUGCGGGAUACGGGUUAUAUGGAGGUUCAAGAUGACGCCUCGGACGCUGGAGCACCGUCCCCUAUGGACUCCUGGGGACUGAUCAGCGGCUCCCCCGGGCCGAUCGACGGCAAGCCUGUCACCACGAACAGCACCGGACCGGACUUCACGGAGUCGAUCGUGUGGAAAUAUGUCAGGAGCUACGAGGAGAACAUCCAGAACAUGCACCCGCUCAUCAUGCCUAAGGAGCUACACGCCAUGGUCCGAGUGUUCUUGGAUAGCAUCCAGCAUGCUCCGCGGCAGAAGAGCGGCUCGGCUGCUCCUGUUGCCAAGUUCGUCCUGAACCGACCGGAAACGGCGGAGGUUGGGACGAAGCGGAAACGAUCCCCCCCACCCGAGAGCUCCGACACUCCUUCCUCGUCGCCAAAGACGAAGCCGACGUUCCAACGGUCCAUUAACAAUGCACUUGUCUUGUUGAUUCUUGCCUUGGGCAAAAUCUGUCUGUAUAAGGAUAGGAUACCGGAUAUCGUUCCGGCCAGCGACGUUUCUCACGGAUCGCCUAUGGCUCGGAAUGGCUACCCAGCCUCGCCUGUUCAGAGCUCUUCUCCUUCGUACUCCUCUCACUCUGCCGGUCUCCCGUCGCCCAAGGAAGGUUCCGCCGAGCGGCCGAGUCUCAGCAGGCGAGCCUCUUUCCAGGGAACCGGGACGGGCGUAAAGCCAAUUCACGUCAAAAGGAACAUGGAUGUUAUCCCCGGCCUGGACUACUUUGCUUAUGCUACCGAUAUCUUGGGCGGCCAGCUGGCCGGCACCAGCCUACGACAUAUUUGGGCACAUCUUUUGGCCGGCCUGUAUCACGGGCAGUUGGGAAGGGUUUUGGAAAGUUAUGCGUAUAUCAAGGAGGCCGGCCAUGCUCUGCAGAUGAAGCUCAGACCGAGCCUCGAUAGGUUAAAGAAGAUGCAUCAAAACCGUGAGCAGAUAUCCGAUGGGCGCGACAAUCAACUCAUCCUGGCCUUUUGGACAUGUCUACAGCUCGAGAGCGACAUUAUUGCCGAACUUCCCCUGCCACAGUCAGGUGUGCUGGCAUAUGAGGAGAUGAUACCCUACCCGAGCGCCGAUUUGGCCAUCAAGCAGGGCUUCGAUGAGCGGGUAAUCCAGAGCUACUUUGCGCAGCUCUACCUGCGCAAGAGUUUAAACCAGAUCCACAGCAUGCUUUACAAUCCCCAGAACCCCAUAUCCGAGGAGCCCGAGCCCGCCGUCAUUGAGGCAAUACAAAACUCCCUCGACAUGCAGUUCGUGCCGCCCCAAUUCAAGUUUGGCCGGGACGAUCCCCCGGCAAAUGACAUCCUGUCUGCUCGGCUCCGGGCCAAGUACUGGGGCGCCAACGUCAUCACGUAUAGGCCUUUCGUUAAGAAGAUUCUCCUUAUUAACUACCACAAGAGCCAGGCCAACAAUGGCAUGGGGAACGCUGCUCCCUCUGAGGAGAUCACCCCAGCAAUGAUCGAGUAUGCCAAGAUGGGUAUCAAGGCGCUGGUUGAGAGCACUCGGGCGUUCCAUGGACUGCCGGAGAAGCGCUUUAUUGUCACCAAUAUCUUUGGGACGUCACACGCACAAUGGGGCAACCUCGUCACACUCUCCGCCGUCUUCCGGGACCCGACUCUGCGUGAGUUUGUCGAUGAGCAGACCCUUAAGGAGCUCUUCUCUCGCACGAUCGCCUUCUUUAAGGUCAUUGCGUACCCGUCCAGUGCUCUCUUCAUCGACCUGCGCAUCUUAGAAGGCUUGGAGCGUAAGCUGUGGCCCAAUGGCAACAGCGCCAACGCGGUUAGCAGCAACUCCCUGCUGAGCGACGCUAUGGACUAUCAACCCACGAGCACAACUGCGACCACGACCACUACUGCGACCACUGCCUCCUCAGUCCCUCCCCCAAACAACACGAGUACCGGCUUCUCAACCCCCUCUCCCGCCCCCGGCGGUCCACCCAUGACCCCAACCAUGUCUGUCCCUCCUGCUGUCUCCAUGAUCCAUCCUCCUCCUCUUCCUGCAGCAGCAACCCCCCUCAUCACCAGCGUCCCGUCGCAAGCACCAGCACCACCCCACGUUGAUGCCGCUGCUGCUGCUGCUGCUGCUGCCGCUGCCGCCGCCGCCAGUGCCCCGGCUACCCCAGUUGCUGUUGCGGCUGCUGCUGCUACGGCCAGUGCCCCUCCUGCGGGCGUCGUGCCCAUGAUACCUCCAGUAUCGUUGGCAGCUCCUGCGGCCCUCAUGCCAGCGGCUGUCCCUGGUAUGCCGAUACCCCCGCCGCCGUCGUUUGUUGACAGCGUUACGGCCGCUGCGCCGCUGCCUGGGAUGCCGCCGCAGCCACUUGCUGCUGCUGCUGCUGCCGCUCCUUCGCCGGCGCCGCCGGCGCCUGGGUCGGGCCCAUUAUGA